UUUGCCAAUAGAGUGUUUUGUUUGAUAUGGAGUGCUAGAGUCUGAAGCUUCAAACCUGCUGCUCGACUACCGUGUUCACAGACUGUGAGAGGCUCAACAUCAGCUGUUGGUAAUCGUGAGGAGAUUAAGAGAGUGCAGCAGACACACUGAGCCUGGACGAGGAAGGCAUUUUAACCGUGGAAGAAAAUUUCAAAUAAACCCUGAUUUAUUUAAUGGGACAGGCCUAACAAGCACUGGAAUCUGAUUUCCCAGCAAAAUAUGUAGCGUCUUGCGUUUUGAAUUUGUAAGGUCUAUCUAAUACCCUGUCUGGUCUGUCUUCGUCUCUCUGGACUAGACUUUCGAGAAUCACAAGAGAACAUUCCUGUCAAAUAUUAGAAGAUUUAGAUGCGUGAGAGCUUCCAUUCAUCAGUUGAACUGCAUGCGUUUCAGCUGAACCAGUUGCUCAGGUAUUAUGCUUUGAUUUGCUAUGGGAGAUUGGAAGACAAUAACAAUGCCAAAGCUUUCGUCAGAUUGCAAAGAAAUGUAUUCCAGCUAUACCUCAAGAGCAACGUCUCCCUCCAUGCUAUACACGCCACCACUUCUGCACUGUUCACAGCCUUUGUCUAAAAACUCUUAUAACAUUUUAAAUGCAUUUUGCACAGAGGAGAAUGUUGUUCAGUGCAUUUCAUACAUAAAUCAAGAAAUGUCUUCACUUGGUAUCCCCAUUAUCUCUAAUGGAUCCAAUGGAAAGACAGACCUGAACCUGGUGUCCGUGUUGAAUACAAUAUAUGAGCUUCUUCAGCUCUGGCGUAAAAGCAUGCGCACCAUGGAAGACAUGGAGAAUCAGCAGCUCAAGUCCAAUAGUGACUUGGACCAUCUACACAGCAGCCAUUCAAAAGUAAAGGAACAACUUGAAUUAUGUAAAAGGGAAAAUAAAGCACUUCAAGAAAGAGACCGCCAGCUACAACUGAAGACUAAGAGCUUGCAUAAUUGCUUAAAAAAUGAGAAAGAAGAGGUACAGAAACUUCAGAAUAUAAUUGCAAGCCGUGCUACGCAGUAUAACCAUGAUAUGAAGAGGAAAGAAAGAGAAUAUAGUAAACUGAAAGAACGUUUACAUCAGCUAUUGAUGGACAAAAAGGAUAAAAAGCUAGCCAUUGAAGUACUGAAUUAUGUUGGAAGAUCUGAUGGGAAGAGGAGCGUCUGGAAAACUGGAAAGACAGAGGCCAGGAAUGAAGGGGAAAUGUACAAAGUUCUUCUUAGUGACUAUGAACAUCGACAGAAAGACCUAAUGGUGGAAAAUGCAGAGCUCAAGAAGGUUCUUCAGCAGAUGAAGAAGGAGAUGGUCUCUAUUUUAAGCCCCCAAAAGCACAGCACAAAAGAGAAAAUUGAGGACAGCCUAGAACAAACUGUGUCUGACUGUGAGGAGGAUGCCGGUGAACACGGCAGAGAGAAUAUUUCCCUGGAGCUGUCCUGUGAAGAUGCCCGGGAGCAGCUCACCAACAGCAUCCGGCAGCAGUGGAGAAGGCUAAAAAAUCAUAUGGAGAAGCUUGAUAAUCAAGCUUCCCUGGUGCAGAUGGGGGCCCAGAAUGAAAAGGAUCUAAUUUCCAGAGACAUUCACGAGGAAGAAAUUGAAAAGCUGAAACUAGAAAUUCAACAGUGUAAAGAUUUAAUUACAAACCAACAGCAGCUUUGGCAGCAACAGCUUAGCUGUCCCUGUGAUGAUGAGACUGGAGCACUGCUCCGCGACUGCUAUCUCUUGGAGGAGAAGGAACGAUUAAAGGAGGAAUGGAGACUUUUUGAUGACCAGAGGAAGAACUUUGAAAGAGAGAGACGAAAUUUCACAGAAGCUGCAAUCCGAUUAGGACAUGAGAGGAAAGAAUUUGAGGAAGACCGAGCAACUUGGUUGAAACAUCAGUUUUUAAACAUUACUCCUUUCGUAGAUCGCAAGAAGCCACACACUGCAAAGUCACACAGUGCCUUGUCUACUGGUUUGGACUUGGAAAAACAGAAUUUACACACUGCUCCAGCACAACAGAAUAAAGUGACUCGUCACACUUCAUUAUCUACACCAAAAUCUUCCUCCUCCUCCUCCUUGAAAAUGCCAUGUACUGCAGAUCUAUACCGGACUCUCUGCCUUAUACCUGACAAAAGCUCACCAAGUACCCAACCAAAGAGAAGCAGUUUGCAAGACACCAACAUAAAAUUGUACAGUAGCCAACUUUCGACUCCCAAGCCAAGACUUUCAAUAACAUCUGAUGACUCUUAUAUUUGUUCAAUCACUGGAGAUGAGAACAGACUGUGAAUUUACUUGCCAAGGGUUGGAACUAAUUUUUGUGUUAGUUUUUUAAAAGGUUGUCACUUUAAUAUGGGGAGGGGGGGGGGGGGGGUUGUGUGGUGUGUGUGCUUUUUCUUUUUUUUUUUUUUCAUUUUGAAAUGCAAUGUCGGAUCACAUGAAAUGUUUCUGUAUUUUCUGUCUCCUACAGUAGCUUAAACUUCAUCUUGACACCACAUUGGUGACUUGGCUAAGUUCCCUGGCGUUUCAGGAAGGGAGGGGGGUGAUUUCUGUCCCUACAGUCUGUUAUCUAGCAUGUAAUCAACAGUGUCCGGUAUUGAUGCUUAAGAGCUGCAUUACAGAAUUUGCACUGUUUUCCAAAUUUAAAAUGGAACUUUCUCUCGCCUCGCUUGUCUUUACAAUUUUAAAUCCUGUGAGUUUUCACUCAUUCAUGCAUUGUUACAUCUUGAUUUUAUAAUGUAUUAGUAAAUAACUUCCUUUUUUUCUAUUAAGAUUUAAUUGGUGGAAAAUCUUUUAAUACUGCCGCCCACAAGCCCUAUUCUGUUGGCGUUUCACCCCCAGGAAUGAUUUUUUUAAUUCUUUCACCUCGUUAACUGCAGCACAGGGAUGUAUGGGUUCAGGUAGCACUGUUUUUAAAUCAUGAACACUAUUGACCCCCAUGUGACUUCCAAGAAUGUGAAACUUCUCAUUGUUACCAGACAUGUAUUUAAACUGCCCCCCCUCCUCAUAAGUAGCACUUGUACUGUAUUGAUAGACCACUGACCUAAACUGGUUUGUGUAUUAGUGCGUCUUUUUUGUUACUUUCUUUUUAGCAAAGGAUUUUAUUUCUAUUCUUGACGUUGUGUUGACAUGUACAUGGCAGAUAUUUUAUAUUCAUUUAUUUUAUUUUAUGAAUGAUUCUAAAUUAAAUAUUAACAUGUUUGAAUAUCCCUGUGUGAUUUAUUUUGUAUUUGUUUUAUAGUCUGCUGGUUAUCUCAUGGUAGAGAUUCUGCAGUUAAAAUAAACCAUAGAUUGAUAUAUAAAAUGUGCAGAGAAAUCAUUCUUGUAUUUUGUAAUUAGUAAGCUAAUUUUAUAGAGAAAUGCUGCUCAUGCAAUCAAUGCAAUAAUUUAGGUUAUUGGGAAAAGCAUAUUCAAUAAAGCCAAUUUGAUCAACA